CUGACGUCAUCAGUCAAGCGACACUAGCCCCAACACCUUUACAAAGUGUAUACAUUUUGCAACGCAAUCUCAUCAUACGUCUCUUUACUACAUGCAUUAUAAGUGUAUAGGCUACCUCUACUCAACAAAGUCUCGAAAGAUCAACAAUGAGCACUCAAUACAGCAUUCUGUUUAAGCAAGAGCAUGCCCAUGAUGAUGCAAUCUGGACGGCUGCCUGGGGUAGAAGUGAAAAGGACGGGUCUGAAACUCUUGUCACAGGCUCUUUGGAUGACAUGGUGAAAGUCUGGAAAUGGUCAGAUGAGAAGCUGGAGUUGCAGUGGAGUUUGGAGGGCCACCAGCUAGGCGUGGUGUCUGUGGACAUCAGUCACAAUGGAGCGAUUGCUGCUUCCAGCUCUCUGGAUGCCCACAUCCGCCUCUGGGACCUGGAGUCUGGCAAGCAGAUCAAGUCUAUGGAUGCUGGUCCAGUUGAUGCUUGGACAGUGGCCUUCUCUCCAGACUCCAAAUACAUCGCCACAGGCAGCCAUCUUGGAAAAGUCAACAUAUUUGGGGUGGAAAGUGGCAAGAAAGAGUAUUCCUUGGAUACCAGAGGGAAAUUCAUUCUUAGUAUAGCAUAUAGUCCAGAUGGAAAGUACUUGGCCAGUGGAGCUAUAGAUGGAAUUAUUAAUAUAUUUGACAUUGCCACUGGAAAACUUCUGCAUACACUGGAAGGUCAUGCCAUGCCUAUCAGAUCACUGACGUUCUCCCCAGACUCCCAGCUCUUGGUAACUGCUUCAGAUGACGGCUACAUUAAGAUUUAUGAUGUGCAACAUGCUAAUUUGGCAGCUACUUUAAGCGGCCACGCAUCCUGGGUACUUAGUGUUGCUUUCUCGCCAGAUGACACGCAUUUUGUGUCCAGUUCUUCAGACAAAAGUGUCAAAGUAUGGGAUGCAAGCUCAAGGGCAUGUCUUAACACAUUCUUUGACCAUCAGGACCAGGUUUGGAGUGUGAAAUACAACGCCACUGGAUCCAAGAUUGUAUCUGCAGGCGAUGACCGUGCCAUCCAUGUUUAUGACUGUCCAAUGUGAUUAUCUCAAUGACGAUUCCAACCUUAAGCAGGAGACAGCUUAAGCAAUCAUAUUUCCAGGGUGACCAGGUUGUAAACUCGAUAGAUUUUUUUAUUUUGAAAGGCAUGACCUAACUGUAACUAUUAAAUAAAAGGUUUUCUUUUGUA